AUGAAGCCUAUAUUAGCAAUCGUAAGUGGAAGCACUGCAUUAUUUGCAGUAUAUUUUUUAAAUGGAAAUCAACCAUUUUUUGAUACAAAUUCCAACCUAAAGUGUCCAGUUUUGAAAGAUGUACAAUCUGUCAAGAAUUAACUGAGCAAUCCAAAAUGA